GGAAGGAGCCCUUUCAUGUUCUGGAGAGGGGAGAGGGCUCCCAGCCUAGUCUCUAACCCCAAGCUGCUGAGGGUGGGUCUGACCCUGGUCCUGCCUCCUAGCCCAGCCUCCUCCCCUGCUUUUCCAGAGUUCUGGGCCGGCGCCCAGGUAGUGCAGGAGCCCAAACCUGUCUGGCCGGUUUUGAGAGCGGCUGCGAAGGAUGCCCGGCUUACCUGGUGCUCUACCCGCAACCUGCGCCUCCUGAGCGGGUGCUCCUGCGGGUCGCGCAACCCACUCACCAAGCUCACGAUGCCUGCGCCUGGCUUCCUGGCAGCCCUGCUGGGCCUGGGACUGGGGCUGCUCCUGAGCCUGCUGGACGUGGAGGCCACAGGCUGCAGAUCCCUGGGCCCAACCGAGAGACUGGCAUUCGCUCCCGUCGCCAAGGCCCGUUGGCUCGCACCCCGGGCCCGUGCGCCUGGGCCCCUGGACCCCCUCUAUGGCACCGUGCGUCGCUUCCUGUCUGUGGUGCAGCUCAACCCCUUCCCUGAAGAGCUGGUAAAGUCCCUGAUGAAUGAGCCGUCCUCCGUGAAGGUGGAUGAGGUGGUGCGGUACGAGGCAGGCUAUGUAGUGUGUGCAGUGAUCGCUGGCGUCUACCUCCUGGCAGUGCCCACAGCCGGCCUCUGUUUCUGCUGCUGCCGUCGCCGCCGGCGUUGUGGGGGCCGAGUGAAGACGGAGCACAAGGCCCUGGCCUGUGAGCGAGGCGCUCUCAUGGCCUUCCUGCUGCUGACCACCCUCGUGCUGCUGGUUGGCAUGGUCUGUACCUUUGUCACCAACCAGCGAGUGCAUGAGCAGAUGGGCCCCAGUGUUGAGGCUGUGCCCGAGACUCUGCUCAGCCUCCGUGGCCUGGUCUCUGAUGUCCCCCGGGAGCUGCAGUUGGUGGGACAGCAGUUUGCCCUUCCUCAGAACCGCAUCUUGGAGGACCUGGAUGGUGUUGGCCUGAACAUCGGGAGCGCCAUGCACACCCAGCUCAGGAGCACAGUGUACCAGGCAUUGGGCUCAGUGCUCAGCCUGGGUCAGGCCCUGCAGAUCUCAGUGGACCACCUCCGAGCUCUGAACGCCACCUCAGUAGAGCUGUGGCAGGGCCAGAAGGACUUGGAGCCGGCUGUCCAGGAGCACCGGGAGCGGCUGCUCAAGCUGCUGCAGGAGCCCAGCUGCCAGGGCUGUGCAGGGGCACUAAGCCAGGCCCGUGCCCUGGAGCUGGGAGCUGACUUCAGCCAGGUGCCCCCUGUGGACAAUGCCCUUCACCACCUGAAGGAUAUCCCAGAGGCUGACUUCUCCAGCAUGGUUGAGGAGGAAAACAGCACCUUCAAUGCUCUUCCUCUCCUGGCUGCUAUGCAGAUGGCUGAUGUGGUCAAAGACCUGAAGAAAGUGGUGAACCAGCAGCCUGAAGGGCUGAGGACUCUGGCUGAAGGGUUCCCAGGCUGGGAGACAGCCUCCAAGUGGAGUCAGACAUUGGAGGAGGUGGAAAGGAGCAGCCGCCCCUAUCUGAAGGAGCUGCAGAGAUAUGAGAAGUACAGGUGGAUUGUGGGCUGUGUGCUGUGCUCUGUGAUCCUGCUUGUGGUGGCCUGUAAUCUGCUAGGCCUCAACCUGGGCAUCUGGGGCCUGUCUGCCAGAGAGGAUCCCAGCCACUCGGAAGCCAAGGGCGAGGCAGGAGCCUGUUUCCUCAUGGUGGGUGUAGGCCUCAGCUUCCUCUUCGCGGCACCCCUCAUCCUCCUGGUCUUUGCCACCUUCCUGGUGGGGGGCAACAUGCAGACGCUGGUGUGCCGGAGCUGGGAGAGUGGAGACCUCUACAAGUUUGCGGACACACCAGGGAAUUUGCCUUCAUCUAUGAAUUUGACCCAACUUCUUGAUCUGAAGGAAAAUGUUAGCAUCUUCUUGGCUUACCGGCAGUGCAAGGAAGGGGCCGUGCUCUGGAAGGUCCUACAGCUCAAUGACUCCUUUGAUCUAGAAAAGCAUCUGGAUAUCAGCCAGUACACCUCCAAGCUGCAUCAGGACUUGCAGAACCUUAAAGUGGACAUGGAGAAGCUGGACCUGCUGAACUCAGCCUCCCGCCGGGAUCUGAAGGCCCUGCAGAGAAGUGGGCUUGAGAACAUCCAUUACCCUGGCUUCCUAGUCCAGAUUGAGAAGCCCGUGGUGAACACUGAGUUGGAGAAGCUGACUCAGGAGCUGGAAAGACUGACCCAGACACAAAGCAAUUCUGUGCUGCGGGAGCAGCUACAGGAGGAGGCCCAUGGACUCAGAAAACUCCAUCAACAGAAAGUCCUCCCCCAGCAGAAUCUAGUGGCUAAACUCAACUUCAGUGUCAGAACCCUGGCGUCUUCAGCCCCAAAUCUCCAGCUGGAGACCUCAGGCACCUUGAACAAGGUCGAUUACCUCAAAGGGGAGCUGCUUGCCCAGGCUAACCAGAUCCUGAGGAAUGAAAGUGAGUGCUUCCUGGACCGAGAGAUGGGCUACUUCUCCCAGUACAUGGCCUGGGUAAGAGAGGAGGUAACUCAACGCAUUGCCACCUGCCAGCCCCUCUCUGGAGCCCUGGACAAUGGCCGUGUGAUCCUGUGCGACAUGAUGACGGACCCCUGGAAUGCCUUCUGGUUCUGCCUGGCAUGGUGCACCUUUUUUCUCAUUCCCAGCAUCAUCUUUGCUGUCAAAACCUCCAAGUACUUCCGUCCAAUUCGCAAACGACUCAGCUCCACCAGCUCAGAAGAGACUCAGCUUUUUCACAUUCCCCGGGUCACCUCCUUGAAGCUGUAGACCCUUAUGGGGAUGUUUGAGGUGGUAAGCUGUGCUCAGCCCUGCCUGUCUUCCCCUUUGACUUUCGUGGGACCAGAGGACUUCUGUUGCUCUUGCCACUGAAGCCCAGGCCAGCACUCAGGCCUCAAGUGCUCCCAACUCUAAUGACCUGACCCAUUGCCUAUGUCCUGUCUACCUCCCCUCUACCCACACUCAUUCAUCCUUAAAAACAUAUAUUUUCAGUGGUGCCCCAGGGCUAACAGGUUCUUCCAGAUGUCAACCCUUAUUUCCCUUGCUGCAGUGUAUCAGCACCAGGAAGAGCCUAUUCUUCAUUUACUGGAACCCCUUUCUCAGCCUUUUGUGAGGUCACAGGUCCUGCUCAGCCUUACCCUGUUCCCACCUGCCUUUUCCCUCCCCUGUCUGCCUCACUCAUCUCCUACUCCCUUACCUCAUAUACAUGUUUGGCCUCCCCACUUGCCCCAACUUCACUUCUGUCCUCUCUCCAGACCUUCCUUCUCCCUUCUAGGGAGAUUCCCCUCACCUUUUCCCUCUUUACUGUAUCCCCAUACUUUGCUGGCCCUCAGGGGCUGCUCUUACCUGACCAAACUGUUCAGUUAAAGCCACAGGCCAGGAGUCCACAGCUUAGAACUGGGCUAAUCGAAAACUCUAACUUAUGACCCUUACCACUGCCCAUGUAUUUGCCUUGGAUGCCUAGCCCCUCAGCAGGGAGAGGAAGACUGAGAUCCCUGUCUAGACCUGAGUUAGAAAUAGUGCU